CCGACGAUAUACCUACUAUAGUACACGCUCAGUUUAUUUCAACGUCGAAAGGUUCUGAUUAUUGCAAUAAUUAUGUCGAUGUAUUCAUUUUGCACGUUCUGUACAGUUGACCGCGUAUUAAUAAUGUACACAUUUAUUUCAUGAACAUUUUACAAUAUUAUAAUUAUUCCGAUGAUACUACUAUAUCCGUUAUCUACGAUCUUCCUUCACGUCAGUUAAAUACAUAAAUAUUUUAUGUACUAGUAGUGGUGUAUGUCAUUCAAUCGAAUAUGAGUAUUAUUUUUAUUUUAUUGAUACUUGUAUGGAAUCAGAUAUCAGGUAAUUAUGUUAUUGCAAGGUAUGCCUUGUUUAGAGUUGGCAAUAACGAAAAAAUGUCUACAAUGAAUAACGAAUCGUGUGUAUCUUGUAUCUGUGAACCUAUGGCCGGAAAUUGCAAUGAAGAAUUUUGCAUGGAUCCCAAAAGUAUUCAUUUAUGCAAAAACAAAACUUAUCAAGCAAAUACUGAAUUUAGUGCUCCGGCCACAACAUUUAGUCUUCGCAAUAUUGGAUUUAUAUUCAAAAUGUUUAUAUGCAUGUGUGUAUUGUAUAUGUUUAUAAUACACGCAUCUGGAGAUUGCUUCGAAUCAAGAUCUACAAGAAGAAUACAUUCAAGUUUAAAUCAAAUUCUAUCAGAUGACGGUCUACCGUCCACUAACAGUGAUGACCGAAGUUGUGUAAUGCCACUGAAUGUCAAUUCGGGAUACGACAAUGACAUUAGUGACCCGCCUCCUUCGUAUGACGAUACGCAAAUCACUAGGACACACGUCGCAAGUCCACCAGUGCAGGGUUCUGAUUUAAAUCACGUUGAGCUUAGCACUUCCAAUUACUACGACAGUGUACGCUUAUUUUUAACGUCCCCGAUCGACGAGCCACCGCCUUCGUACGACGAAUUACCGCCGCCGUACGACGAGUGCUUUGCAAUCCAUCAUUUGAAACCCACACAGGUUCAUAAUUUACCACCGAGUUGUGGGAAUGAUCAUAAUAUUUUGUAUAUGACUAUACCGGUCGAUACGAUAGAAUCCGCACGAGAUUCGCAAGAGACAUUUGUAUCCGAAACCGAACUGUUGUGCACCCAAGUCUGAUGUAGGCGACCGGUCGGGUUCACCGCGUGUGUCAUAUUCUUGUUGAUCUAUUACCUAUUACGAACGAAGAAUUUUUCAUACCAAUACAGUCUUACGUUACAGGUUAGAUUAUGACUUUGGCCAUAUUUAGAGCUACUGGUUUAAUUCACAUUUUUUAAUUAUUAUAUUAAUAUUUGCUUGUGAAAAUCUGUUUGGUCCAUUGAAAUCUCUCCCUAUUUUGAUAAAGCUUUGAAAUCGAACAUGUCUAGUAGCUUUUGAUUAAGUACAGUUCAUAAAACAUUUUUAAAUUGUUUCUGCUGUAGGUAUGUUAUUCCUAGAUGGCUAGGUGCUUAUAUUUUUUUCAUUAUUAUGCUUUAAAAUAAUAUUUUGUAAUUCAAUUUCAAUUUUUAAAAAUCAAUUUAAUAUAUUAUUGGUAUUAUUAACAUAUUCUUUUUCAAAAAUAUUUUUAAGCAUUUUUAAAAAUGAUUUUGAACUGUAAGUUCGACACUAAAACCAAUAUUUAAAAAUAAAAAUUGUUGUUUUAAACUAUAUUGAACUAAACGAACAAUAUUAUUUAUAUUUAUAUUAUAUAUUAUGUAUACUUAGUUUACAAUUAUUACUUAGACUAAGUUUGGUAAGCAACAACUAUAUCGCCUAUGACCAAUGUUAAUAUUGAAAUUAAAUAUCUUACAUAAAGUGAAUCUCUAAAAAAUAAUGUAUCGGUUAUUACAGAUGUAUAUAACUAAUUAUAAUUAUUAAUUUAUAAGUUAUAACUAUUUUACAAAGUGGUUGUACAAUAUUCUUCUCUAUGUCGGACAAUAUUAUGAGCAAUCAAUUAAAACGUACUGAAGUAUAUAUUUAUGAAAUAUUUAUGUUUAUAUACCUAUUAAAUACCUACCUCCCAGAAACCAUUUUGUAACAAUAAUAUUAUAAUAACGUUAUACUACUAUUAUCCGUGAUUAUAAUGUUAUAAUAAUAUUAUUAAACAAAAAAUUGUUGUCUGGACAGUAUUUUAGUUUUUGUAAAAGUUGUAUCCAGCCUAUUUGUACGAGGUAAAUUGUAUUCUUUUACUUCUAUUAUAUUUUAGACUUUAAUUUAGUUUUUACAAUGUGAAUUUCCACGUAUAUGGUGUUAAAAUAUUUUGUAACGAUACCACCGAUACGAGAAAUAGUAUUAUUUCUUUGUGAUGUUUAAGUUAAACAACUUUGUUAGAAAAUAAAAUAAAAUAAAAUAAUUUUUUUA